ACCAAGGAAAAAGACAAACUUACGGACAUGCUUGUUCUUCUGACGGAAAGGAAGAACCAGGUUGACUCUUUGUUGAAAGAUGUCAUCUCUGAGAAAAAGAGAUUAAAGGAGUUAGCUGAUCAUGUCCAACUUAAAUACCAAGAGGUUCAGUAUGUAAUAGACACAAUUACCUCAAAACAAGAAUCAUCGCUACUAGAAGAGCUGGAACAAUGUAGGCAAGAAUUAAAUGCUGAAAGAGAACAACUGGAAGAACUAAAAAGGGCAUUGAACAAGGAAGCACAAGAGGCUCGGAAUGUCUUUGAUAUGAGAAGACAGGAAAUGGAAGAUGAAUACGAAAUCAAGCUACAGGAACUAGAGGCGAGACAAAAAGAUCUGGAAGUACAAUUUAAAGAGAUCCAAUGUUCAAAUGAACAGCUUAAGAUGGAGAAAAAACAAUUGGAAAAACAGAGAGAGGGUGAGGACAGAAAAAUACAAGAGACAAUGGUUACUAUGGGGAUCGGUGGAGAGGAAAGAUUGCUUCAAAUAAGACAGUGGACACCUGCUGAAACACAACAACUUGAAAUGUUAAUCGAGAAAAUCAGUAGAGAGAGAGAAGAGACUGAAGCUAGGAGUAUUAUUAGUGAAGAAAACCAGCUGCUUUCCGAAAUGGUGGCUGAGGUUGAUGCGAAGAAAGAAGAAAAGGAAAGUCAACAAGACAAAUUAAAACAGCAACAAAAAUGUGAGGAAAAACAAAGGAAAGACAUGCAAGAAACUACAGAUGAGGGGGAAAGAGAGGAAGAAAAUUUGCAGAUUGUAGAGAGCUGGAGACUGUCACAAACUGAAAAAGAACACCUGGGUGAAUUAAAAGUGGAAGCAACCAGAAAGGAAACCAUGAAAGAAAAAGAUGCAGUGGUCUUUACUGAUGAAGAAAAGCAAAAGCUUCAGAAAGAAAGGACAGAUCUGGAAAUAAUGAGACAAGAAGUGGAGAGACAAGACAACAUGACACGAGAAGAAGAUAUCAAACUUAAACAUAGACAAGAUGAACUGGACAGACAAUUCAAAGAACUACAAAUCUCCACUGAACGAUUACUAGCUGAAAGACAACAAGUGGAAGAACUGAAGGAGAAUUUAGACAGAAAAAUACAUGAGACUGAAGCAACUAUGGACAAGAUCAAUGAAGAAAAACUAAAUCUUGAAGAGAAAAGUAGAACAUUGCAAACUCAAGAAGAACACUUAGAAAUGUUAAAGGAGGAAGUAAACAGGAAAGAACAAGAUGUAGCAGCCACAAUGACCUUUCUCAAUGAAGAAAAACAAAAGCUUGAAAAAGAGAGGACAGAAAUGGCCAUAAAAAAACAAGAAGUGGAAUUACAAGACCAUUUAACUCAAGAGGACGCUGCCAAACUAAAACUGAGGCAAGAAGACAUGGAGAAACAAAUCAAAGAUCUUCAAAUAUCCACUGAAUGGCUACAAGCCGAAAAACAGCAAAUGGAGGAACUAAGGGAGAAUUUGAACAGAAAAAGACAAGACUCUGAGGAAACUAUGGACAAGAUCAGCAAAGAGAGGGCUGAGUUGGAGGUAAAGAGGCAGGAAGUAGAACAAGAUGCUCUUGAACUACAGUUCAGACAAAAUGAACUAAAGGCACAAAUGAAAGAACUGCAAACCUCCACUCAAGCUGAAAGACAACAACUGGAAAUGUUAUGGAAAGACCUGAAAACAAAAUUACAAGAGGCAGAGGUUGCAAUAAAUGAAGAAAAACAACAACUUAUGGAAAUAAAUAAAACAUUACAAACAGAACAGGAUGCUGAAGUAUUAAUGACUUCUCUUGAUGAAGAAAAACAGAGGCUUCACCAAGAAAGGAAAGCAUUGGAGAUAAAGAAACAGGAAGUGGAACAACAAGAGAAUGUGACACAACAAGAAGCUGCCAAACUAAAACUGAGGCAAGAAGAGCUGGAGACACAAAUCAAAGAUCUUCAAAUCUCCACUGAAAAACUACAAGCUGAAAGAAAAGUAGUGGAAGACCUAAGGGACAAUUUAGACAGAAAAAGACAUGAGACUGAGGCAACUAUGGACACGAUCAGAGAAGUGAAGGCCCAGUUGGAGAUAAAGAAACAAGAAGUGGAACAAAAUGCACUUGAACUAGAAUUCAGACAAAAUGACCUUAUGGCACAAAUGAAAGAACCGCAAACUUCCACCAAACUGCUACAAGCUGAGAGACGACAAGUGGAAAUGCUGCAGAAAGAACUUGAAACAAAAACGCAAGAGACAGAGGCUGCAAUGAAGCUCAUAAAUGAAGAGAAACAACAACUACCAGAAAUCAUGGAAACAUUACAAACAGGGCAAGAUGCUGAAGUGUUAAUGACCUUUUUGAAUGAGGAAAAACAGAGGCUUCACCAAGAAAGGGCAGAGUUGGAGAUAAAGAAACAGGAAGUGGAACAACAGGACAAUCUGACACAACAAGAAGCUGCCAAACUAAAAUUGAGACAAGAAGAGCUGGAGACACAAAUCAAAGAUCUUCAGAUCUCCACUGAAAAACUACAAGCUGAAAGACAAGAAGUGGAUGAACUAAGGACGAAUCUAGAUAAGAGACAUGAAACAGAGGCCACUAUCGACAAGACCAGUGAAGAAAAGAAACUUGACGAGAAAAGAAGCCAAUUGCAAACUGAGGAAGUACACAGGAAAGAACAAGAUGUUGAGAGAACUGAACUGGAAAUGAAGAGACAAGAGGUGCAACAACAAGACCAUUGGACACAAACAGAAGAUGCUAAAAUAAAACUGAAGCAAGAAAAGGUGGAGCCACAAAUCAGCAAAGAGAAGGCCGAGCUGGAGGUAAAGAGAGAGGAGGUGGAACAAGAUGCUCUUGAACAAGAGAUGAGACAAAAUGACCUUGAGGCACAAGUGAAAGAUCUUCAAAACUCCACUGAACAGCUAAAAGCUGAAAGACAACAAGUGGAAAUGUUGCAGAAAGACCUGGAAACAAAAACACAAGAGACAGAGGCAGCAAUGAAGCUCAUAAAUGAAGAGAAACAACAACUUCAAGAAAUCAUGAGAACAUUACAAACAGGAAAAGAUGCUGAAGGGUUAAUGACCUUUCUGAAUGAGGAAAAACAGAGGCUUCAUCAAGAAAGGAAAGAAUUGGAGAUAAAGAAACAGGAAAUGGAACAACAAGAGCAUUUGACACAACAUGAAGCUGCCAAACUAAAACUGAGACAAGAAGAGCUGGAGACACAAAUCAAAGAUCUUCAGAUCUCCACUGAAAAACUACAAGCUGAAAGAAAAGUAGUGGAAGACCUAAGGGACAAUUUAGACAGAAAAAGACAUGAGACUGAGGCAACUAUGGACACGAUCAGAGAAGAGAAGGCCCAGUUGGAGAUAAAGAAACAAGAAGUGGAACAAGAUGCACUUGAACUAGAAUUCAGACAAAAUGACCUUAUGGCACAAAUGAAAGAACCGCAAACUUCCACCGAAACUGCUACAAGCUGAAGACGACAAGUGGAAAUGCUGCAGAAAGAACUUGAAACAAAAACGCAAGAGACAGAGGCUGCAAUGAAGCUCAUAAAUGAAGAGAAACAACAACUACCAGAAAUCAUGGAAACAUUACAAACAGGGCAAGAUGCUGAAGUGUUAAUGACCUUUUUGAAUGAGGAAAAACAGAGGCUUCACCAAGAAAGGGCAGAGUUGGAGAUAAAGAAACAGGAAGUGGAACAACAGGACAAUCUGACACAACAAGAAGCUGCCAAACUAAAAUUGAGACAAGAAGAGCUGGAGACACAAAUCAAAGAUCUUCAGAUCUCCACUGAAAGACUACAAGCUGAAAGACAAGAAGUGGAUGAACUAAGGAAGAGUCUAGAUAGGAGACAUGAAACUGAGGCCACUAUCGACAAGACCACUGAAGAAAAGAAGAAACUUGAUGAGAAAAGAAGCCAAUUAGAGACUGGGGAAGUACACAGGAAAGAACAAGAUGUUGAGAGAACUGAACUGGAAAUGAAGAGACAAGAGGUGCAACAACAAGACCAUUGGACACAAACAGAAGAUGCUAAAAUAAAACUGAAGCAAGAAAAGGUGGAGCCACAAAUCAGCAGAGAGAAGGCCGAGCUGGAGGUAAAGAGAGAGGAGGUGGAACAAGAUGCUCUUGAACAAGAGAUGAGACAAAAUGACCUUGAGGCACAAAUGAAAGAACUGCAAACCUCCACUGAACAGCUACAAGCUGAGAGACGACAAGUGGAAAUGUUGCAGAACGAACUGCAAACAAAAACACUAAGAGACAGAGGCAGCACUGAAGCUCAUAAAUGAGAGAAACAACAACUUCAGGAAAUCAUGAGAACAUUACAAACAGGGCAAGAUGCUGAAGGGUUAAUGACAUUUCUGAAUGAGGAAAAACAGAGGCUUGACCAAGAAAGGACAGAGUUUGAGAUAAAGAAACAGGAAGUGGAACAACAAAAGAAUUUGACACAACAAGAAGCUGCCAAACUAAAACUGAAACAAGAAGAGCUGGAGUUACAAAUCAAGGAUCUUCAUAUCUCCACUGAAAGAAUACAAGCUGAAAGGCAAGAAGUGGAAGACCUAAGGGACAAUUUAGACAGAAAAAGACAUGAGACUGAGGCAACUAUGGACACGAUCAGAGAAGAGAAGGCCCAGUUGGAGAUAAAGAAACAAGAAGUAGAACAAGAUGCACUUGAACUAGAAUUCAGACAAAAUGACCUUAUGGCACAAAUGAAAGAACUGCAAACUUCCACCGAACUGCUACAAGCUGAGAGACGACAAGUGGAAAUGCUGCAGAAAGAACUUGAAACAAAAACGCAAGAGACAGAGGCUGCAAUGAAGCUCAUAAAUGAAGAGAAACAACAACUACGAGAAAUCAUGGGAACAUUACAAACAGGGCAAGAUGCUGAAGUGUUAAUGACCUUUUUGAAUGAGGAAAAACAGAGGCUUCACCAAGAAAGGGCAGAGUUGGAGAUAAAGAAACAGGAAGUGGAACAACAGGACAAUGUGACACAACAAGAAGCUGCCAAACUAAAAUUGAGACAAGAAGAGCUGGAGACACAAAUCAAAGAUCUUCAGAUCUCCACUGAAAAACUACAAGCUGAAAGACAAGAAGUGGAUGGAGUAAGGGAGACUACAGACGAAAGAAGAUAUGACGACAAGAAGGUUGAUGAGAAAAGAAGACAAUUGCAAACUGAGGAUGUAGACAGGAAAGAACAAGAUGAACAAGAUGUUGCUGCAAUAAUGGUCAUUCUCAAUGAAGAAAAACAAAAGCUCCAAAAUGACAUGACAGAUCUGGAAAUGAAGAGACAAGAGGUGGAACAACAAGACCAUUUGGCACAACAAGAAGCUGCCAAAGUGAAACUGAAACAAGAAGAGGUAGAGACACAAUUGAAAGAUCUUCAAAUCUCCACUGAACAGCUAAAAGCUGAGAGACAACAAGUGGAAAUGUUGCAGAAAGACCUGGAAACUAAAACACAAGAGACAGAGGCUGCAAUGAAGCUCAUAACUGAAGAGAAACAACAACUUCAAGAAAUCAUGAGAACAUUACAAACAGGACAAGAUGCUGAAGGGUUAAUGACCUUUCUGAAUGAGGAAAAACAGAGGCUUCAUCAAGAAAGGACAGAGUUGGAGAUAAAGAAACAGGAAGUGGAACAACAGGACAAUCUGACACAACAAGAAGCUGCCAAACUAAAACUGAAACAAGAAGAGAUGGAGAGACAAAUCAAAGAUCUUCAGAUCUCCACUGAAAAACUAAGAGCUGAAAGACAAGAAGUGGAAGAGCUAAGGGAGAAUUUAGAUAUCAAAAUAUGUGAAACUGAGGCAACUAUGGACACGAUGCAUGAAGAAAGUAAGCUUGAAGAGAAAAGACAAUUGCAAACUGAGGAAGAACACUUACAAUUUUUAAAGAAGGAAAUAAACAGGAGAGAACAAGAUGUAGCAGCCACUGUAGCCUUGAUCAAUGAAGAAAAACAAAAGCUCCAAAAUGAGAUGACAGAUCUGGAAAUGAAGAGACAGGAGGUGGAACAACAAGACCAUUUAUUACAGCAAGAAGCUGCCAAACUAAAACUGAAACAAGAAGAACUGGAAAGACAAUUCAAAGAUCUACAAAUCUCCACUGAAAGACGACAAGCAGAAAGACAACAAGAAGAAGAACUAAAGCAGAAUUUAGCUAGUAAAAGACAAGAAGCUCAGGCAAUUAUGGACAAGAUCAGCAAGGAGAGGGCUGAGUUGGAGGUAAAGAAAGAGGAAGUGGACCAAGAACUAGCGCUGAGACAAAAUGAACUAAAGGCACAAAUGAAAGAACUGCAAACCUCCACCGAACUGCUACAAGCUGAGAGACAACAAAUGGAAGACUUAAAGAAGGAUUUAGACAGAGAAAGAAAUGCAAAUGAGGUUGCUACAAACAUGAUCAAUAUCGAGAAACAAAAACUUCAAGAGGAAUGGAAAAUGUUGGAAACAGAAAAAGAACAUCUGAAAAUAUUAACGAAGGAAGUAAACGAAAAAGAACAACAUGCUGCAGGAACAAUGGCCGUUAUCGGUGAAGAAAAACUAAAGCUUUACCAAGAGAGGGCAGAUCUGGAAAUAAUGAGACAGGCUGUGGAAAAACAAGAUAAUUUAAUACAACAUGAAGCCCUCAAAAUAAAACUGAGAGAAGAGGAGGUGCAGACACAACUAAAAGCUUUGCAAAUCUCCACUGAAAGAUUACAAGCUGAAAGACAACAAGUGGAAGAACUAAGGGAAAAUUUACAUAGAAGAAGACAGGAGACUGAAGCAACUAUGGACAAGAUCAACAAAGAAAAACAAAAGCUUGAAGAGAAAAGCAGAGCAUGUCAAGCUGAAGCAGAACACUUACAAAUAUUAAUGGAGGAAGUAAACAAGAAAGAACAAGAUGUAGCAGCCACAAUGGCCUUUAUCAAUGAAGAAAAACAGAAGCUUUACAAAGAGAGGACAGAUCUGGAAAGAAAGAAACAGGAAGUGGAACUCCAAGACCAUUGGGCACAGCAAGAAGCUGCCAAACUAAAACUGAGACAAGAAGAACUGGACACACAGUUCACAGAUCUACAGACCUCCACAGAACGACUACAGGAGGAAAGACAACAAGUUGAAGAACUAAAGGAGAAUUUAGACAGAAAAGUACAAGAGGUUGAGGCCGCUAUGGACAAGAUCAGUGAAGAAACACAAAGGCUUGAAAAGGAGAAGAUGGAUCUGGAAAUAAAGAGACAGGAAAUUGAAUUACAAGACAGUCUGACACAACAAGAAGCUGACAAACUAAAACUAAGACAAGAAAAAGUAGAAACACAAAUCAAAGAUCUGCAAAUCUCCACUGAACGACUACAAGCUGAAAGACAACAACUUGAAGAACUCAGGGAGACUUUAGACAAAAAACAAUGCGAGACUGAGGCCACUCUGAAUAAUAUUAGUGAAGAAAACCAAAAGAUUGAAGAGAAAAGUAGAUCAUUGCAAAUUCAAGAAGAACAUUUACAAGUGUUAAACAAGGAAGUAAACAGGAAGGAACAAGAUAUUGCAGUCACAGUUACCUUAAUCAAUGAAGAAAGACAAAAGAUUGAAAAAGAGAGGAUGGAUCUGGAAAUAAAGAGGGAGGAAAUGGGAAAACAAGACAACAUCAUGCAACAGCAAGAUAUCAAACUUCAACAAAGACAACAAGAACUGGACACACUAUUCAAAGAUCUACAAAUCUCCACUGAACAGCUGCAAGCUGAAAGACAACAAGUGGAAGAACUAAGGGAGAAUUUUGAAAUGAAGGCACAAGAUGCUGCAGCCACAAUUACGCAUCUCAAUGAAGAAAUACAAAGGCUUCAAAAUGAGAGGAUGGGUCUGGAAAUGAAAAGACAAGAAGUGGAACCAGAAGACGAUAUGAUGAGACUCAAACAAGAACAGAAAUCACAAGUGAAAGAUCAGGGAACCUCUACGGAAUAUCUCAUGACAGAGAGAGGAGAAGUGGAAGAGCUGGGGAAGGAAUUAGACAGAAAACAACAAGAGACUCAAACUGCAAUGAGACUAUUCCAGGAUGAGAAACUGCAGUUUCAGGAAGACAGGCAAAAAUUACAAACUGAAAGAGAACAGCUGGAUCUACAAAUGAAGGAAUUUAAAGUUAAAAGAGAUGAUGCUUCCACCUUGAGUCUCAUUGAUAAAGCUAAAAUUGAGGAGGAAAUGGCAGUGACAAAACAUGACAUUGAACUUCAACAUGAUGAAAUGAAACAAAGAGAAGAGCUACAAAAGAGAGACCAAACUGAAGUGCUUCAUAAAAUUGUGGACCUAGACUUGUCAUGGGAGGAGAUCAGAGAACAGAGGCACCAGCUCAGUCAGGAUAGGUUGAAACUGCUGAAACAAGAGGAGCAGAUGAACACAGAACUGAGGAGAAGACAAGACCAGCUUUGCAAUAUGGCAGAGCAUCUGAGCCAUCUGAGAGGACUCCUCCAACACAACAGGAGCACAUUACAACUACACAUGCAAGCCAUGGACAGACUGUGGCAGAAGCUUGCAGCUCUGGACCAGGAUAGAGACAAGAUGGCCCAGUCCAUUCAACUGUUGGAGAGCCAAAAGGACAAUCUCAGAGAGACACUCACUCUCUUCACCGGACAAAAGCAAAAACCUCUACUAGAGAGAAAGGAGGCAGAGACACCGAGCACAGAAGUAAAGAAGGAGAGACAGGAGCUGGAUCAAGAGAGGGACAAGAUGGACAAAGAGAAAGAUGAGAUGCAGAAGACAAGAAAUUAUCUGUACAAAUUCAUGGACAAUUUAAGGAAACUGUUAGAAGACCUUGAAGUAAACAAAACCGCACUCCAAAGAACAAAGAAUGAACUUAUGAAGAAAACUGAACAAACAGAUUUACUUACAAUGGAAUUAAAAAGAGUGAAUAUUUAUGUGAAAGAAUUUGCCCUUGAGCUUCAAAGAAACAAAGACAGAAUUGAUAAGAUGAACCAAGAACUGCGUGUGGAUCCAAUUACAGCAGAGGAAACCACAUUGGUCAAAAAAGAGGAUGAUACUACCUCAAUUUCAGAGCAGCUCACUCAAGACAAGAUAACUCUGGAACAAGAAAGAGAGAUGUUCAUAGCUGAGUCCAAACAAAAAGAAGAAAACCUGAAAAUGCAAGAGGAUGAACUUGCAAGCAAAAUGGCACUUAUAGAACAACUAAGUAUUCGUCUUAAGCAAUUGGCACAACAGAGAAGUGAAGGUAUCUUUCAAAAAAUACAGCAACUGGAAGACAACAGUGACAUGCUUUUGAAAUUGUGCAUCAAAGUAAAGCAAAACUGUGAUCAGCUACAUGAAGAGAAGAGCAGAGUAAAGUUUUAUUCAAAGUUGCUUCAAGAGGAAAUGGAAAAUUUUCCCACAAUUUCUUCCAGCAUCUCCAGAAGGCACGAAACAGAAGCUGACACAACAGUGAAGCUGGAAAAACAGACUAUCGAUGAUGGAACUCAGACAGAAGAGUAUGAGCCAGUCAGACUAGAUUAUAGAAACUAUGAUGAGAAAUUACAAAAACAAAUUUCAGAUUUGAAAACAGUUAAGAAUGUCUUGGAAAACACUUUGGAAGAGUUACAGCGUGGUAAAACUGAUCUUAGUUGUAUUACUGGUGCGGUGAAGAUGGAAAACAACAGCAUUAAACAGACCGCUGCUUCUGUUCAGAAAAGCAAAGAGAAGCUAAACACCUUUAUGAACAUGUUGCAAAUUAGAAGAAGCGUAACAGAAGUCCAAGACACAGAAUUUUCAGAACAAGACCAAACUGGAUAUCUGGAUACUGAUAAAGACAAAGAGUCAUACCAACGAAUGGAAGAAAGUGCUAUGACAGAGCAAACAAGACCAUUACAAUCAGAUCUGUCUCAACUUAAAAACAUUCUGCAAUGUUUUAUGAUAAUGAUGAACAAAAGCAUUCUAAAUUUAACAAGCAAAGAGAAACAAAUUGAACUAAACCAAGAACAGAUAGUGACUGCGAGCACUGUGUUAAAACAAAAACUUGCAGAACUGAAUACAAUGAAAGAGGACUUGGCAAGUUAUAGUAAGAUUUUUGAAGUGGAAAAGGCAGCUCUUAUGAAUGCACUGACAACUCAAAGUGAGGAACUGAGUGAUGAGAUGAAGUCUACCGCAACAUUAGAAAAGCAAGAUUUCAAAAAACUCCAAAAUGAAAGGAAAGAACUUGAAUCACUAAGAGAGACUUCCAAGAAAGAGUUUGAAGACUUGGAAAUGCUUAAAUCAGACAUCCAAAAUCAAAACAGAUUAUUACAUAAAACACAACAAGAUUUUCAAGAUGAGAGAGAUGAGAUGGAGAUCAGGAAAGCAAAACUACUUAGCAGAGAAGAAAAACUCCAAGAAGACAUGGAAGAUUUUAAUCACAUGAAGAAAAGGGUUGAUAAUGAGAAGGCAAUGCUGCUUACUGAAAAGCAAGAGCUGGAAGUAAAAUUGUUGCAGUUAAAAUCUCAAGAAAAUCAUCUUAAAUUGGCUGCAAAGUCUAUGGAAGAUCUCUUUGUCAAAUUCAAACAGUGUUGGCAAUUGGGAGACUGUCAAAUGGAAGAAAAAUUACAAAGAAUGCAGCUGGACAGUUUACACUUACUUCAGUUAAGUAGAGACAUUGAGAAACAAUGUGCAGAGGUUAAGAAAAUAAAAAAUGAAAUAGUCUGGCAUUAUGAUACAGUCCAAAGGGAACAAGAGAAAACACAACCAAAGAUUAUGAUGUGUGACAAGGCAAUGCAAACUGAAGAACUGACCUUGAAGCGAGCACACGACUUGGCUACGACAUCUGAAAGUGCAACCAACUUUGAACGAAAGAAAGACGGAAAAACUGAAAAAUACAAGGAAUGGCCAAGCAAACAAUCAAGCUUGUCUUCUUCAAUAGAAAGUUUGAUUGCUUCUGCUGACGAAAAAGUGUCUAAAAAAGAUUAUCUGAGGCAGUUAUGGAAGGAAACAUCCAAGGAACGUAAAGAGCUCAAUCAGAUGAAGCAAAGAGGACAGCAGCUUAAGAGCAACUUGGAGAUAAGAAUAAAAAACAUCAGUAGAGUUGUGAAGAGACCACUUAUACAGCAGGAUAAAGACACGUGGAUAACAGUAGAGCGUAAAACGGUGGAAGCCAGUACAUCACAACAUUCUAUCAGGACAUUGAAAACUAACGACAAAGCUAACCAAACAUCACUGGAAUCCCUGAAUGAGCAGAUUGUUCGAGAAGGUUCAAUCAGCGAAGGAGCAGAGGCGUAUGUCACAGACCCAUCCACUGGACUCCUCUGCCAGCUUCAACAUUACUGCUACAGCUGCUGUUGCUCCUGCUGCAUCUGCUGCCAAGAAGGAUGCCCUGAAAACAAUAACAACAACAAACAAAUAAACUCGCUUGAUGUUAGUGUGAAAAAUCUUUAAUAUAUGAGAUAAAGCUUUGUGUGUGUGUUUGUAUAUGUGCAAUAGUUUGAAAAUAUACGUAUAAGCUAUGAGUAAUAGAAGCUUACUAUUUGUAGGCUUGAAUUCCACCUACCACCAGAUUAUGUUACAAAAAUAUUAUGUUUUCUUAAUGUACCUGCGUGAUUUAUUUUGAGCUGUGGAAAGUGUGAAAUCAAGUUGAAAGAGUGAUUUUAAAGUGUGACUGUUGUGUGAAAUUAUAAUAAAUACUCAAUAAAUGCAA